CAAAAAAUAAAAAAGUAUUCGUCUGUCAGUGUCGCUAGCCGAUUUCGAAAAUAAUUACCUCUAUUUCUUUAAUAAAUAUUUCUUAUUAACUUUAAAACUUCGAAGUAUAAAGAUAGUAAUAUAUCAUGGAUGAUGAUGCUGAAACUUAUAAGCUUUGGCGCAUUCGUAAAACUGUUAUGCAGUUAUGCCACGAUCGUGGGUACUUAGUAACCCAGGAUGAAUUGGAUCAAACCUUGGAGCAGUUCAAAGAGCAAUUUGGAGACAAACCCAGUGAAAAGCGUCCUGCAAGAAGUGACUUGAUAGUGUUGGUGGCUCACAAUGAUGAUCCAACAGAUCAGAUGUUUGUUUUCUUUCCUGAUGAAGCAAAAAUUGGCAUUAAGACAAUUAAAACAUAUUGUACAAGGAUGCAAGAGGAAAAUAUACAUAGGGCCAUAGUUGUGGUACAAGCAGGUAUGACACCAUCAGCCAAGCAGUCGUUAGUGGACAUGGCACCAAAGUACAUCCUAGAGCAGUUCUUGGAAUCGGAGCUGCUUAUCAACAUUACAGAGCAUGAACUGGUGCCCGAACACAUUGUGUUAACACCCGAUGAAAAGCAAGAACUGCUUGCUAGAUACAAGCUGAAAGAAAACAUGUUGAUGAGAAUACAAGCCGGCGACCCUGUGGCUAGAUACUUCGGACUGAAGCGAGGACAGGUGGUGAAAAUCAUCCGAUCUUCAGAAACGGCCGGGCGAUACAUUUCGUAUAGAUUAGUAUGCUAAGAAUAGGUUUAGAUAUAAAACAAUAAAAUUCCACUUUCAUUAAACAA